AUGGCUCAGGCGCGCAUGUUGACACCCUCAACGGGUGAAAAUCUGCAUCCACAACGACGCGUCCUAAUACGCGCCGGGGCUCAACAACCACCACCACCACCGCCAAUCACCAACCAACAACGACCAAUCAAGACUUAUACGAAAAUGGAAGACCUUGCUAAGGCAGCGGAGCUGCUCGCUCAGUAUAUAUACUCGAACCCUCGCGAAGGCCAGGAUAAUCCAAUGAUUAGAGGAUUUAUCAACGACGUACGAGACUUCACUACCGCUCACAAAUCUGGUCCGGAAAUCCUUACGGAUCUCAAGCGGCUGCUUGUAGAUGUCCAAAAGGACACCGCGGUGCUCCGGACACGAUCCAAUCAAGCAUCUCAAUCAAGCGCUACAACCGGAUUGUCAUCUGUAUCCCCGUGGAAAGCAUGGAAUACCCAGAAUUGGCAGGCCAGUCUUCGGAGCGCAGCCGCACCCUCAUCUCGAAGCGCCGGCUCCUCCACACCAGGUGUCAGCCAUACAGAGCUGAGUAUGGACUGUGAGAUUGUCGUUAAGAUCCGCGAUGAAGCUAUCCGCAAGGAGAUACGUGAACUGCAUCCUGCGGAGAUCGUGAAGCGAGCCGAACGAGCCAGGGCCCACGCAGCGAAGGGCACUCCAAGCCUGCCUCUAGCCGGUCAUGUAUUCAUUGCUGCUCGACCACUCCCAUCGGGGGAUGUUAGCCUACGGGCAUCGAACGCAGCAGCAGCGGAGGUCCUCCGCAGGCAUGCAAAGAAUUGGGUUCAUGAAUUUGGGGAAACAGCGUACGUACGGGUACCCACGUGGGGAAUUGUGAUCGAUGGAAUGCCUAUCCGGAACGUGGAUCUAGGUGAGGAAUUCAAACAGCGAAUAGCUGCAGAAAAUCACCAUGCCUGGGGCCGGAAUGCAAAGAUUGAGAUUGCACACGUUGGCUGGCUUACCAAUCCUAAAAGCAAGCAUGAAGGAUCUCUUGUUGUUGAGUUUACAAAUCCAAUUGUGGCUAACGAUGCAAUCUCCAUGGGGACAGUGUGGCAAUCUCGGAGCCACACCAAUAGGCCUUAUUGUCGAGAAGGACGGUGUAAGAUGUGCAAGAAGUGCCAGAAAUAUGGGCACGUCCACGCGCAGUGUCCAAAUCCAAAAUAUAUUUGUGGGAUCUGUGCAAAGGAGCAUCCGACCUGGGAAUGCCCUUCGCAUCAGAGCCAGGGAAUAGAAUUCACACCAAAAUGUGCCAAUUGCAGUGGCUCACAUAAGGCUAUAAGUACCAAGUGUGGCUUACGACGUGAGGCCUUAGAUAAGGCUAAGAUCGCGCUAAUCAAUUGUGAACCAUUUCAUCGGGUGCCUCAGUACUUACAGCCCAAGCCGAUGCAACAGAAUACUACUGCGAAUGAGGAUCCUACUCCUCACGAAGCUGCGCAGAUCCAAGCAUCCACAAGGAAGCGCACCAAUACGACUAAAUCAACAACCACUAAAAGCAUCUCAGGGGCGGUAAAGCGUACAAAGACAUCAACUACAGCACCUAUAGUUCCUACUGAAAUCAAUGAGCCUACAGCAUCAACAACACGCCCACAAACACCAGAGGCCCCUACAACCUCACGAAUCAUACCAACAGCUGAAAAAAUUAAGGCAAUCCCAUUCACAGCUGUUAAAAAACAGCCUCGCGGUAGACCACCUAAAUCUAAAUCAUCCAACAACAACGACGAGAACGAAUCAGAGCCCACGGAACAGAUCCAAUCGGCUAUAGAUAUCACUCAAUCGAGCGCUCCUGUGGAGACUAUCGACCCGACACUACUCAGCAAGGAUAACAUGGCAAAAUCAACGGCUCCAGUCACCAGAUCAAGAGCCUACCUUGAACAGAUACGCAGACAGCGCAUCCAGGCCCACCGCCAAGUACGUACACGAUCUCAAGAUUCGGAUGAGAUACCACUACCCCGGAUAUCACAGCUUCCACAGAUAAACAUGACAAUGGAAGACAACAACGUCAUCCUAAGCAGCACGGCUAGCUACCGUGAACUUAAUGACAACACAACUAUUGAUUCGGAAGGCUAUACAGAACUUUUGAAUAGUUUCCAUCCCAGUCAAGGACCACGCGCAGCCCCUAUUGAGGAAGAAGAGGAGGAGGAUGACCUACAAACUGUACAAGAUAUGAACACACGCUCGUCUCCAGAUUAUAACACGCAUAAAUCCAAGGAUGAGGUCAUGGCCACAUUCUUACGUGAUCCCCGAGCUCUCCGCGCCUCCGUGAUUGCAAUUCAGGAACCAUGGAGAAACGAACUAAACAAUACAACGCACCAGCCUGCGAGUCUUACACAUCAACUCCUCUAUCCCAAACCUAACGACAACAACAACAACACUAAUAACAAUAAGAGAGCCCGUGUGGCCUUAUUUGUCAAUAAAAGCAUCAAUCCGGCCAGCUGGUCUCACACUGUCAUAUCGCCUGACUAUCAAAUCCUACAUAUUCGCUAUCAACGUUGCCUACAUUCGAAUUCAAAUUCCGAACCACACGAUCUCUAUAUCCACAAUAUCUAUAAUGAACCACGGUCGACAACCUUUACGCACAUAGAUCGAGAACUAACCCGACUAGGAUGCUCACGAACCACAGCACAUAUAGUUCUUGGGGACAUGAACGCCCACCAUCCAGCCUGGGGUGGCCCUGGCACCAAAAUCGACGAACAAGCCACAGAAUUGCUUGAGAUCAUGGAUCGCCAUGGGAUCGAGCUUGCUACCGAAGAAGGACUAGUCACCUGGGAACGUGGCCAAUCACAAUCAACAAUCGAUCUAACAUUCUUAUCUACAACCUUAUUUCAUCGUCUUGUACUACACGAGCGUGCAGAUGAGAUCCAACAUGACUCUGACCACUGGCCAAUCAGGACGCAGAUCGACAUUGAUACACCAACUCACGAACCACGACGGCGCCGCAACUGGGCAGCAACAGAUAUCAAAGUGCUACAGGAAUCGCUUAGCCAACUCAUCGCACCAAGGCUUCUACGACGUCAAUUCUCAAACACCCACAAUCCGUGGAUCUGGAGGGCUUACCUACGAGCCCGUAACAAGAAGAAACGCCUAGUCAAGAAAUCCUUACGACUGGGCCAUCGACGUCGCGUACAGCAGGCGACAGAGCAAGGCCCCUUAGGCCUCUGGAAAUUGGCAAAGUGGGCACGCUCGCGUAAUGGAGCGUAUGAAUCAGGAAUCACCCCAACCCUACAAGACUUGGAUGGCCAUACAGCGGAAACAGUGGAAGCAAAAACGCAGCUUCUUAGGGAAGCGUUCUUCCCAGCUAUCCCAAAUGCAGAUCUAUCAGACAUCACAGACAGCCAAUAUCCGUCACAAAUCGAAUUCCCGGAGAUCCCACGCCACGAGAUCGAGUAUGUUAUUCGUUCAACGCCACCAGAUAAAGCACCGGGUGAGGAUGGCAUUCCAAACAGCUUCUGGCAUAAAAUCAUUAGCAUCCCAGUAAUCAUCGACACUCUAUACGAAAUCUUUAAUGCCUGCAUAAGAACUGGCUACAAUCCCACUCACUUCCAGCGCUCAAUCACCGUCGUAAUACGUAAAGGCGGCAACAGGGACUAUCGUACACCCAAGGCGUACAGACCUGUGGCCUUGCUCAACACGCUCGGCAAGUUUCUCGAAGCAAUUAUUGCACGCCGCAUCAGCUACGCCAUGGAAAGUGAAGGAUUGCUUCCUUCAAGCCACCUAGGUGGCCGUAAAGGAAUAUCCACGGAUCAUGCCAUACAGAUCAUCCUCGAUCGAAUCCGUGGAGCCUGGGGACGUGGCCAUGCCGUCGUAUCUAUGCUCCUAUUGGACGUCAGCGGUGCCUACGACAAUGCCCACCACCUACGACUACUACACAAUAUGAAGAAACGACGUCUAGGGCACUUUGUGCCGUGGGUGACUGCCUUUCUCACAAAUCGAAGCACCAAGAUACGGAUCCCUGAGGGGAUAUCUGGCCAAAUUCCUACACCAACAGGCAUCCCACAAGGAUCACCAAUCUCACCUAUCUUAUAUCUGAUUUACAACGCGGAUCUGAUUGAGGAUUGUGCGGAUAUAGUCAAUCACACAACGACAAGCGGAUGGGUGGACGACGUAGCCUUGAUGACCACAGGGAAUACAGAGACAGAAACAAUAAGAAAGCUUCAAAAAGCUAGCGAGAUCGCAGAUCAAUGGGCGGUACGACACGCUUCAGUGUUUGACACGAAGAAGUAUCAACUAAUUCACUUUGUGAACCCACGAAGCACGACCAAUCCUGAAUCGCAGCCAAUCCAGCUGCGCGAUGAAGUUGAAAUAAAGCCCAAAGAAGCUGUCAAAUAUCUCGGCAUCUGGCUCGAUACGAAGCUAAGCUUUGACACACAUCGUGAUGAAGCCAUUGCAAAAGCAGGCACCAGCCUGGAAGCUCUACGUGGCCUAUCAGGAUCCACAUGGGGGGUCGCACUAGGCUCCAUGAGAAGGAUCUAUCAAGCAAUUGUUAUCCCACAGAUGCUGUAUGGCGCUGCAGCCUGGUUCCAACCAGACCUCAUGAGCCAGAGGCAAAUUACACAAACUGUACGCAAAUUUACAACUAUCCAAAAGCGCGCAGCGUGCCUGAUCAGCGGUGCUUUUCGUACAACGGCUGCGGAGGCCCUCAAUAUAGAGCUUCACCUAAUGCCAAUCCGGUUGCAACUGGAUCAACUCACAAAGGCUGUAGCCAUCCGGAUCCGCACAGGUCCUGCCUUUGCAAUUCCUGACGGCCUAGUCAAUCGACGCACCAGCGGCGAACUCAAGCUUGGCGGAUACACUCCCAUGGAAGCUCAUGCCUGGAAGAAGGGCGGAUGCUUAUUGGCUCCCCCCGGAACCUUGGCAGGGAAAUGGGAGAGCCGAUCUGCAUACGUUCAGGCACCGUGGCAUGAGCCUCCAAAGGUUGUGAUUGAUGAGCGAGAGAAGGCAGUAUCAGUACAUAACGACAUCACAUGCAAGAAUGAGCAUAUCGCAAUAUACACGGACGGCAGUGGAUAUCAAGGCUAUAUUGGCGCGUCCAUGGUCUUCCAACAUUCAGAAAACAACGAACGGACUGAGGUCUGUGGGAUCAAAUUCGCGCUCGAAACUGCGCUUCAAAUUGCAGACCAGGACAUACGAACCAAGAAACUAGUUAUUUUCUCAGAUAGCCAAGCCGCGCUUAAAACUCUCAUGAACCUGCGUAUGGUCUCUGGUCAAACGUACAUUCAGGGCUGUGUCGAUUCACUGAGGAAGUGUACGGAUGAGGACAUCGAUGUAACACUGAGGUGGAUUCCAGGCCAUGAGGGUGUUCCUGGAAAUGAAGCUGCAGACAGGGCUGCAAAACGUGCGGCUCUAAUGGGUGCACGAAGGCAAAUCGUACCUGGAGAUCUAUCAAGUGAAGGAUGGACCAUACUCGCAGCAGCUGCAAAACGCAGAAUACGCCAAUCAACCAAGGAUGCCUGGGAGAGACGGUGGGACAAGCAAAAGGCAGGGAAACCUACCAAAAAACUUGUCACUCAGCCUUCCAAGCGCACACUCCAAUAUUGGACCUUUCUCCGCAAAGCAACAUCGUCAAUACUGAUACAGCUGCGUACCGAACGAAUCGGGCUAGCGCACUAUCUGUGGCGAAUUAACAGGCGAGAACAACCAUACUGUGCCUGCGGCCUAUCUGGUCAAUCAGUACGACAUAUCCUCAUGGAAUGCCCACUGUAUGAGAAUGAACGCGGUCUCAUGUGGUCACGAAUCAAGGGAUUCCGACGCACAACAGAUCUGCAAGCAUUACUCAAGGAAAAAAAGGCUGCAAUUGCAAUCGCGCAGUUCAUCAUUGACACGCGAGUGCUUGAUCAAUCCCGUGAGGUAGAUCCGGAAGCAGUUGGCACCUAUGAAAGCGCAGAAACAGCGGCUCAAUUGGAGCCUGCAAAUGACAAGGACACUGACGUGGGAACAUGUCGACGUCGUUAUCAGUAA